AGCACAAAGUAGUCAGGAGGCCAAGACCCAAAGAGAUCUGGCAAGUAGACCACACUCUGGUCCUUGACGCAGCAUGGAGGACAUUCCCGACACCUCGCGCCCACCACUGAAGUAUGUGAAGGGGAUCCCUCUAAUCAAGUACUUUGCAGAGGCACUGGAGUCACUGCAGGACUUCCAAGCUCAGCCUGAUGACCUGCUUAUCAGCACGUACCCCAAAUCUGGCACCACUUGGGUGAGCGAGAUCCUGGACAUGAUCUACCAAGACGGUGAUGUAGAGAAGUGUCGCAGGGCCCCCGUCUUCAUCCGGGUACCCUUCCUUGAGUUCAAGGCUCCAGGGAUUCCCACAGGUUUGGAGGUUCUAAAAGAUACACCAGCCCCACGACUCAUCAAGACACACCUGCCCCUGGCCCUGCUCCCCCAGACCUUGUUGGAUCAGAAGGUCAAGGUGGUCUACGUCGCCCGCAACGCAAAAGAUGUAGCUGUCUCCUAUUACCACUUCUACCGCAUGGCCAAGGUGCACCCUGACCCUGACACCUGGGACAGCUUCCUGGAGAAGUUCAUGGCUGGGGAAGUGUCCUAUGGGUCCUGGUAUCAGCAUGUGCAGGAAUGGUGGGAGCUGAGUCACACUCACCCUGUUCUCUACCUCUUCUAUGAGGACAUGAAAGAGAACCCCAAAAGGGAGAUUCAGAAGAUCCUGAAGUUUGUGGGGCGCUCCCUGCCAGAGGAGACUGUGGAUCUCAUUGUCCAGCACACGUCUUUCAAGGAGAUGAAGAACAACUCCAUGGCUAACUACACCACCUUAUCUCCUGACAUCAUGGACCACAGCAUUUCUGCCUUCAUGAGGAAAGGCAUCUCGGGGGACUGGAAGACCACCUUCACUGUGGCCCAGAAUGAGCGCUUUGAUGCCGACUAUGCCAAGAAGAUGGAGGGUUGUGGCCUCAGCUUCCGCACACAGCUGUGAGCAGUGCCCCCAGGAGGCACCCAAAGGCCCCGUGCUCUGACACAGCCAGCCCCCAGCUUCAAAAAUAAAAUUCCAUUGGUAUU